AACCCGGAAAUCGCUGCAAAAACAGUGCUGCGCUGGCGUUUUGGAAGAAACGCAGAGCAAAGUACAAAAAAAACGCAGUGUUUUUUUUAAAUUUGUUUUGUUUUUGUUGACUCGCAUGUGUCCGCUGCGUUCCAGCUGUUAACUCGUCUACGCAGCCACGCAAUACAUAACUUGAAAGAACCCGGACUGUGCUGAAAACGCAGAAUGGGGAAGAAGGACGCCAGCGCCACCAACCUACCAGUCGAUCAGUACAGGAAACAGAUCGGGAAACAGGACUACAAAAAGACAAAGUCGGUCCUGAAGGCCACGCGGCUCAAAGCGGAAGCCAAGAAGAACUCGUCUGGAUUCAGGGACGCCUUGCUGGUCCUCGUGGCCAUCGUGUUCUUUGUCGUCUGCGUCUACGCCUUUUUCUACCUCAACCUCAGCAACGAGAUCAACAUGGACGUGGACGUGGACUGAAGCCGACCACGGACUUUGUCGGAGUGAAUUGAUGUCGUCGGUCUUCCAGACACUUCUUUAGGUACACCCGCAUAAUACAAUCACAUCCGAGGCCAUCCUGGCCAUCCUAGCAAUCCUGCCCUCUAGUGGAACAGCAUUUAAUUGUUCUGCUGACAUUGACAGAUGAACAAUGAGACAUUAUUUCUAGUAAACACAGUUGUGUGGCCUAGCGUUCAUGCAAUUCGUUUUUCGACGAAAAAAACAUCGACAUUUUGUCCCGGUUUUCAUUCAUCCGCUCGGUUUUUGUACAGAAAAGCGCGUGACUGCCAUUUAUUUCCCGGACUUGAUUCGUGUUCUUCCGAAGCGUUUUUGUAUGUCGCGUAAGAAGGUUUUACCGGACGGCAAGUCUUAAUUCACAUUGCAAGCUUUUAUUUACAACUCAAGGCAAUAACCCUCCCGGUCUGCUCAGCAACACAUCGGCGAAACACAUCCUGUCAAAGGUCAGAGCUUCAAAAGAAAAGCACACAGUAUAAAAGCACAGCCUCACCACACUUUCUUUGGCCUCAUGGCGGCUUGUUUUGCUACCACACUCGAUAAACGAGCAAAUUGUGAUGCGACUGUAUUAUACUGGUGUGCUUUUAUUUUGAAGGCCUGACUUACUGUAUGUAAAAAUUAUCUUACUAUUAUUCUCUUUAAAAUGUCAUUUUUCGUGUUAAUAUUUUUGGGUGUCUGGAACGGAUUAAUUGGAUUUGCAUUGUUUCCUCUGGGAACUAUUGCUUCGGUUUUUGUACAAUUCAGUUUCAACCGGACGUUUUGCAACGGAUUUAUUAUGAAAACUGAGGUUUCACUGUAAAUAAUCAUUUCAGUGAAAAUGAAAACGAAAAAAAGUGAAAUAGAAUAAUUUCCCGCAGCACAGUGUUUUGGAAUCACUAACCCUCCGAAGUAAUUCUGCGGAGUCACGUCCUCUCCUCGGAAAAAUGUAAAUAUCCCGUCACGGAGCAGGAGACAGUCACGUUUCCAGUCACAUUCCGGCGCACCUCCCUCUUCCGUCACCCCGGCGGAUGCGUGCCAGAUUGGAAUCCGUGCGCGGAAUAGCGAUGGGCGUGUUUCUACCUGGAUUAGCAUCGCAAAUACAGCGCUUUGGUUUUGAAUGCGAGCGACGGCGUACGGGAACGUUUCUGCGGCAGCGGCGACUCCUUGGCGAGAACGCGCCUGUCCGUCAAUGCUUCCUUUAUCCCGCCGUGAGCGCUCUCCCAUGACCUCUCACCUCCACUGAAAGGCUGCAUGUCAAAGAAACCAUUAUGAUAAGCGGGCGGGCUUUUCAUCCGCACGCCGCCGCCGCGCCUUCCUCUUCAGUCGCUCGUGCUCGUAAAAGACCUUCAAGACAUCUCACCUGGGAGCCUCUAAUAUAUUCUUGUAACAAAGGCGACGGAUUCUUUAUUUGUACCACUGAUUUACACAUGCCGGACACUUCAUUAGGUACGCACCUGAUGCACGCAAGCUACAACCCUCUUGUAUUGGGCUGCACAAAGAAAUAUGUCGCAAAAUGGUAAAGAAACAAAGUCUUAAUGUCAUGAUUACAUUUCAGGACAAAAGUCAGAACAUUACAAUCAUUUUUUUUCCCAACAGGAUGCAAUGGCAUGAGAAAAAAAAUGUCCUAAUGUGCGAGAAAAAUAUUGGAAAAAGUCGUAAUGUUCCGAGAAUUUUUUGGGGGGAAAAAUUUGGAAUGUCACUGGGAAAACAAAAAGUUGUAAUGUUGGAAGAAUUUUUUUAAUAGUGUUUUUUGUUGCAAGAAUUAAAAAAAAAAAAAAAAAAAAAAAAAAAAAAAA